UCGCCCGCCCCAUGGAGGAGACGCACGCCGCGCGCCAGCGGCAGGACGAGCAGGUGAAGGCGCGUAUCAGCGAGUGGCUGGUGCAGAGCGGCGAGAAGGAGCGGCUCAAGCAGCUGCUGCGCCUCAAGCUGGUCGAGUGCGGCUGGCGCGAUGAGAUGAAGCUGCACUGCAAAGAGGUGAUCCGGAAUAAGGGCAUCGACCAAGUGACCGUGGAGGAUCUGAUCGAGGAGAUUACUCCGAAAGGAAGAGCGUCGGUGCCUGAGGACGUAAAGAACGACCUGCUGGAGAAGAUCAAGGCGUUCAUCGAGAAGGAGGCGGGCGACGUCAAGUUGGACGCCAGCACGUGAAGCGAAGCGGAUGCCAAGCAGUUUGAAGCCAUAGAGCAGACACGAACUAAAUUCGCAGCCGCCGGCACUCACGCGCGCUGCGGAUGGCUGCCAAGGCGGCGCGCGAUACAGCAGGCAGGAAAAUCCAGCGGAGACCCAUUGACAACUAGCGUACCACAUGGGAUUGCUGUCUGCUUGCCGCCGCUGUGGACGCUUUCUUUCGCGCUCACGUGGACGUCUAAUCCCGAAAGUUACAAAAUCCAAAUUGAAUAUUUGCGGUUACAAUUU